AAGUAUAGACAAUUAAUACUUAUUUUACAAAACUUGUACCUUUAUACUUUACAUUAUCAAAAAUAAUCUUACUUUUAAAACUGAACUGUAUAGGUAUAAUAACUGAAAUUAACUGUAUAUAUAAUAUAUACUAGAGUACUAGACAAAUAUCUAAUAUUAUACCUAAUCAAAGUAUCUGCCAACCAUGCACAAAACAUUAAAACACAAUUCACAUAUAGGUACUAUUACUUGUAUUAUAUUGAUCUAAAAAUAUACAAUUUAUAAGUAAUGUAAGACAUUGGACAUAGCUAGGUAAUAAAAUAAUUCUUUUAAAAUUGUUCUAAAAUAAAUUACACUAAUUGCUACGAGAUAAAAUAAUAGACAUAUGAUAUCCUAUCAAACAUAUAGGAUUAUUCCAUUACUAUUCUUAAAUUAAUUAAUUAGAAUAUUAUAUUGGAUAUGAUGAUUUUAUAGUAAUUAUUGAAGAGUUUAGUUUCAUGGUUUCUAUAUAGUAAACCUACUAUUUAACUGCUCAAUUUUAUGUAUUGUACCUAAUAUAGAAAUAUAGAAAAAGAAAGAUUAUUUACAUCAAUAUUUUAUAUUAGUUAUUAUUAAAAAUGUAUAGUAAUUUUUUAAUUGUAUUAACAAAUCAAUUUACUUAUAACGAUUGCUUUUCUUUAUUGUAUACCAACUUCAAAUAACUUUUUAUACUUAUAGUUUACCUAUAAGAAUUUGUUUUAAAAAUUGUGAACUAAUGAACCUCCACAUGAACAUAAUAUUAUGUUUAAUGGGCGACAUUUUCUUCUUGAAGAAUAAAUAAAAAUAAAUACAUACCAAAUUUAACAUAGUACAAUAUAAUAUUUUAUUGGUAGGAAGGUAUAAUGUUAAACUUAUUAAAUCAAUUAUUUAGAAUGAUUACCUACUUCAAAUAUUUAAGUUAUUUUAUUUGAACUACUGGAUGCAUUAUAUAAGUAUAAGUUAAGUAUAAGUUCGAACUUAUAAAUUACUUAUCUAUCUAAAAUUCUAAAGCUUUAAAUAAGAUGUUAAUAUAAUAAUAUUGUAUGUUGAUAGCUGAAUAAUAUGAUUAGCUACCCAUAAUAUUAUAAAAAAAAUUAUUGAUGGAUAAAACAUUUAGAAACUGUUUCAUAACAUAAUUAAUUUAAAUUUUAAAUGUAAUAAAAUAAUAAUACAAAUAAUAUAGGUAAUGGCUAAUUUUGUCAAUGUUUGAAAACAAAUUAUUUUUUGAGCUUUUGUGAAAAUACUUGUUAAAAAUUUUUAACUAUGCGAUGAGCAAUGUAGGUACUUGAACAAUAUUUGAAAAUUUUCUUUAGGUGCAUAUGCACCUAUCUUAUUUGAUUAUGGUUUGUUGACACAUAGAAUUGAAAAUUUUGUUAAAAUCAUGACAAGUGAAAGAACAAAAAGGAGAAGAGUUAAGGAAGAGCUAGAAUCUAUGCAGUUUGAUCUUAACUUUUCAAAAUUGCAAAAGAAAAGACAACAUACUUAUUGUAAAGAAGUGAAUGUGAAUGAUGAUUUUAUUACUAAUAAUCUGCAUAACAAAUACUAUGAAGAAAACAUCAGUACUCCAAUAUGUAAUAGUUAUAAACAAAAUAUUGAAGAAAAUUGUUUCAGUCCUGGAACAACAUUUUGUAAUUUUCCUGAGAAUAAUGCUGCAUUUAAUGAACCAAUUGAAACUAUUAAUGAAUGUGAUUUAUUCAAGCGUAAUUUGUGUCAGUGGGCAGUAAAUUUUAACAUAAAUCAUAAUGCUUUGGAUGGAUUAUUGGUUAUUUUGAAAAAUGUGUCAACAUUAUCACAACUUCCUAAAGAUUCACGUAGUAUUUUAGAUACCAGAAAAAUGAACGAGACACAGUGCUUAACUACAAUAAAUCCUGGUUUAUAUUACCAUUUUGGUUUGAAAUCAGCUAUUUUGGAACAUUUUAAAUUUAUUUCAACAAAUAAUAUAGAUGUUAUCAAAAUAGUUAUUGGCAUUGAUGGCUUGCCAAUCUCAAAAAGUAGUGCAAGUCAAUUAUGGCCCAUUUUGGGGUAUAUACGCCCAUUCAAGAAUUCUGUGUUUCCAAUUGGUAUAUACUGGGGCCAUGAAAAGCCUGAAGAUUCUAAUUUAUAUUUAAAACAAUUUUGUGUAGAAGCUAAAGAGUUAUUGACAAAUGGAGUUAAUAUUAAUGGAGUGAUUUUUAAAGUUUUAAUCGAUGGAUUUUCUCUAGACGCCCCGGCUAAGUCGUUUGUGCUAAAAGUCAAGGGUCACAGUGGUUAUGAUUCGUGCACCCGGUGCAUAGAAGAAGGCGAGUAUUUGAAAAAUAGAUCAUGUUUUCCAUACACAGCAAGUAGUGAAAAAAAACGCACACAUGACGACUACAUCAGUAUGAAAUAUGAAGAACAUCAUGUUGGGAAUACAAUCUCAAUUUUAUCAGAUUUACCUGGUGUAAAUAUUGUUGAUGCAUUUGCGUUAGAUUACAUGCAUCUUGUUUGCAUAGGUAUUAUGAAAAAAUUAAUCCAAUUAUGGAUGAACAAAGGACCAUUGAACGUUCGUAUACCUAGUUCUGUUGUAAAAAUAAUAUCAGACCAAUUGGUAUCAUUUAAAAAGAGUGUCCCUUGUGAUUUUUCCCGAAAACCCAGGGCCUUAAAUGAAUUACCAAGAUUUAAGGCCACAGAACUGCGUCAAAUCCUUUUGUAUACUGGACAGGUCGUUUUCAAAGACAGCAUAAACAGCAACUGUUAUAUGCAUUUCAUGGCACUUAACAUAGCUAUGACCAUAUUAUUAAGUGAUAAUAUGAAAAAAAAGUACAUACAUUUUGCUAGAAAUUUACUCAAAUAUUUUGUUCAAAAUUUUGAAAAUCUCUAUGGCAGACAUUUUAUUUCGCAUAAUGUUCAUGGGCUUUUACAUAUCUCUGAUGACUAUACCAAUUUUGGCCCUAUCGACAACAUAAGUGCGUUUCCUUUUGAAAAUUAUAUGAAGUCCCUCAAAAAAAUUAUAAAAAAACACGAUAAACCACUACAACAAAUAAUUAAAAGAUUCUAUGAACAAAAAAAUGUAAAUACUCCUAAAAAUACUAAUACAGAAAUUAUUUUUAAAAAUGAACACACAAAUGGACCUAUGUUAAAUGAUUUAAUAGCACCACAAUUUAAAAUUGUCCAUUUACUUAAUACAAAAAUUAAAACAACAUGUAUAGCUGAUCAAUUUAUAUUAACUAUAGAUAAUAAUAUUAUGAAAGUCUUAAACAUAGCUCAUACCAAAGAUACCAAUGAAGUAGUUUUUAUUGGGAAAAUAUUCCAAUCUAAAAAACCAUUUUAUGAAGAACCACUAAGCUCAGAUACUUUUAAUAUUUAUAUUAUUGAUAAUUUAUCUAAUGAACUAUGUUGGAUUCCAAUGAAAAAUUUAAAAAAAAAGGUUAUGUUAUUGGAAAAAUGUAAUGAAACAAUAGCUUUGCCUAUUAUACAUUCAAUUAAUGAUGAUUAAACUUAUAAAAAAAAAAUUUUCGAAGUUUUAUUUUGUACAUUCAACUUAAGUAUGACUUAUCAUAUAGUAAUAUUCAAAAAAGAAAAUGCAGUUGAAGUUGUACCAUCUCAUUGGCUGUCAAAAGAUGGAAUUACUUGUGC